AUUUGCCCCAUAAACUGUCCCAUCUGUACUCACACAAAAGAUUAGCUGGCGAGGAGUGGUGUAAGCAGAUGUAGUUUGUGAUAUCACUAACAGCGAUAGUUCAACUCGUAGCCCCGAAGGAUAUUCUAGUCCAGAAUGACUCUCCAGCGAGAAGAAAUUUUGAUUCUAUUUGAUGUGGAUGGAACACUAACAAAACCACGAGGAGUGAUCGAUUGCGAAUUCAAAGAUUUUCUAUAUCAGCAAGUUCAACCAAAGGCAACAAUAGGACUCGUAGGGGGAUCUGAUAUGGAGAAAAUCUAUGAGCAACUGAAUGGACGUGAGAUUCUCGAGUAUUUCGACUACGUGUUCCCAGAAAAUGGACUAGUCCAAUACGAGAAAGGAAAGGAAGUGGGAAAAGUUUCCAUUUCACAGUACCUUGGGGAAGAGGUGCUUCAAAGGUUCAUCAAUUUUGUACUAAAAUACCUGUCUGAGCUCGAACUUCCAAUCAAGAGGGGGACAUUUAUUGAAUUCAGAAAUGGAAUGAUCAACGUUAGUCCCAUUGGAAGAAAUUGCUCGCAAAAAGAAAGAAUCGAAUUCUUCGAAUACGAUAAAAAAAAUCACAUAAGGCAGCAGAUGAUUGAUGUGCUGAGAAAAGAAUUCAGCCAAGUUGAUUUAACAUAUAGCAUAGGCGGACAAAUAAGCUUCGAUGUCUUCCCCAACGGAUGGGACAAGACUUACUGUCUGAGACAUGCCACCAAAGCAAAUAGCUUCAAGGAAAUACAUUUCUUCGGUGACAAAACUGAGCCCGGUGGUAACGAUUAUGAAAUAUUCAACGAUUCUAGGACAAUUGGACAUAAAGUAAACUCGCCAGAAGACACUAAGCGUCAACUGAUAGAACUUCUCAACCUUCAAUGAAGCAAUUACUUAAGGAAAUAUAGCUUUUCAAGCCUUUAUUUAAAAAAACUGUAACCAUAGUACUAAUCAAUAAAUUCUCUUGAAAUGAGCUUUGAGCUAGAU